CGGAAGUAGAUCUGCCCCUAUUUGCGGAGGUAUCUCUUCUGGCUUGCUGGCUGCAGCUGGCCGAGGAGGCCCUGAUUAAGGAGGAGGGGACAGUGCUCACAAGUCUAGGCAGUGUCCACAAAAUAUGAGGAGCCACCGCUCUGUGCUGCUGCUGUACCUGGGACUGACCACCUGCCUGGACACCUCACCCAGUGGGGAGCAAGACCAAGAAGUCUUCCUGGACUCCCCAGAGGCCCAGAGCUUCCUGGGCAGCCGUAGGCGGAUUCCACGAGCCAAUCACUGGGACCUGGAGCUGUUCACGCCAGGGAACCUGGAACGGGAGUGUCAAGAGGAGAGGUGUUCCUGGGAAGAGGCGCGGGAGUACUUUGAGGACAAUACUCUGACGGAGCGCUUUUGGGAGAAUUACAUCUACAAUGGCAGAGGAGGACGUGGACGAGGGGACGUAGCAAGCAUGGCUGUGGGGCUGACAGUGGGCAUCCUGCUCAUGGUCCUGGCCAGCCUGGGAGCCUUUUGGUAUCUGCAUUGCCGUCAGAAACGAGGCCAGCAGCCCAGUCCUCAAGAGGCCGAGCUCAUCAGUCCCCUGAGCUCUCUGAGUCCGCCGACGCCCCUGCCUCCACCCCCACCCCCAGGCCUCCCCACCUACGAGCAGGCGCUGGCGGCCUCUGGGGUGCACGACGCACCACCGCCCCCCUACGCCAGCCUCUGGAGGCCGCGCUGAAGAGCUGUUUCGAGCUGUUUCGGAGUCGGGGUUCUCCGAACCGUGCCCCAGAUUCACACCGGAUUCCGGAAACCCCCAGGCCUCUUAAACUCCGGAGCUGAGCUUGGAGGGGUGAUGGCAGUAGGGAUCGUCCGGCCCGAGGCCUACCCUAACACGUGUUUCCGCCGCCUACGGAUACACGCAAGUUCCCGGGCAACGUGUUCCCGCGUCCCGGCGCCUCGCAGGCCCCCACGCUCUCCUAAUGGUGGGGGUACCCACCAGCCCCGCCCCCGGGAUAGGCGUGCGUGGAAACUCCGACUCAGGCGCGCAGUGCCUCGCAGACUCGCGUGUGAGUAGGUGUGACACGGCCAUCUCCCUCAGUGUCACGGGCCACGGACAGGCAGAGCCCCGCCUGUGUACACGCGUGUUUUCGUGUGCUCCCCGUGCGUGCACGGGGGCACUCUGCAAUCCAGGGAAAGGGUGGGGGGCAUAUUUGCAAGCGUGCUUGGUUGGGGGCAGGCGCACACUGCACCUGGGGGACUGGAGUUGAGCUCUUUCCCUAAAUAAAAACCCUUUGGAAAAGAGACCCAAAAGAGUGAAAUAAUGCAAAAAAAAAAACACAAAUAAACUGAACCGCGUUCCCGGGCGCGUCUGCGCACGGCAGAGCUGGCUUUCUGUACAAACGCUGCGCCCUACACCCUCAGGCCCUGCUAACGCUCUGUGUCUGCCUCU